GCUAGGCCUAGUGUAUAAAAUAAAUGAAAAGUCAUUAUCGAGUGACGCAUACGUCACAUGAUAACAGAGAGCAAUCUCUUGAUGACAAAGGUUGCUGUAGCAAGCUAGGUACAGUAGCUAUCUAAAAUGACCUAUCAAGCUAGAAACAGUAGAUAUGUCAACGAAAUUAUUUCCUAAAAUAUGUGUUAAACAGAAUAGUAUUUUAGAAGACAAAUAUCUGACAUAACAACCACAUCAAAAUGCUUCCAGUAGCCUACUGUCAAAGGGUGAAAAUGUUUAUAGCGAUGGGAGUGUUGAACAACACACGGCAGCUUGCUCUGAAAGCUGUGAGAUGGCAGACUAGCACAAGCCCUUUCUCAAUAUCCAGAUCAUGGCUAUCUACUGUACCCCAGAUAGGGGACCAAAACAUCCUGCUAAUGGGUCCGCCUGGAGCAGGAAAAACCUCAGUGGGGCGUGUUGUUGCUCAAAGACUAGGAGUGCCUGUCAUUGACGUGGACGACCAUGUCCUGGAGGUGACAUGGAAGAUGCCGGUGGCUGACAAGCUGGCUGAGGUCGGAGGUGAACGUUUCCUGGAAGAAGAGGGUCAGGCUCUGUGCAAAUUCUCCACCUCUGGUAGUGUCAUCUCCCUAACAGGAUCCAACCCACUCCACUCUGGGGCUAUGCAGCACCUCAAACGCACUGGACUGGUAGUGUAUCUGGAUGUAGCCACCGAUGACAUCAUACAGAGGCUCUCCAGGAUGAAGGUGAACAGGAUUGUGGGCCAGGAGGCUGGGGUCCCCAUGAGGCAGAUUCUACACUACAGGAAGCAGUUUUAUGAGAAAUGGCUUGACACUAGAGUGCUCUGUGGGACUGGAGAUACUGUUGAGGAGAUUGCAGAGAAGGUGCUUCAGGCUGUGGAGAGAUACCAGAACUCGGAUUCGGAGACCUUUGUGUCAACCAGGAGUGAUAACGGAUCAUCUAGUGAUUCAAAAUACUUCAGUGACGUUGUUUUAGAGGGGUUAGCUCCUGAUGGUGGACUAUACGUGCCCCAAAAAGGCUUUCCAAAGCUCGACGCACGAGAAUGGCUAAGACUAGCAGAAAUGUCCUAUCCUGAACGAGCCUUAGCCAUCCUUGAAAAGUGCAUACACCCCAUGGAUAUCCCUGGUACCGAGCUCAGAAGAAUGGUGUUCAGAGCUUACGGGGUUAACUUUGCCAGCGAGGCCAUUGCACCGGUGAAACACCUUAUUCAUAACCAGUUUGUGCAGGAGCUCUUCCACGGCCCCACUGCUUCGUUUAAAGACCUGGCAUUGCAGUUGAUGCCUCAGCUCUUUGCCUAUUGUCUCCCACAAAUGUGCAACUACCUCAUCCUUGUGGCAACAUCCGGUGAUACCGGCAGUGCAGUGCUGAGUGGGUUCGGCAGCCUGAAUGACCUGGACCGGCAGAGGGUCGGCGUGCUGGUGUUCUUCCCAGAGGAAGGAGUGAGUGAGAUCCAGAAGCUACAGUUGACAGCCUACAUAAAGGCCAAUGCCAGGGCUGUCAGUGUCCUAUCCGACUUUGACUUCUGCCAGAGGGCCAUUAAGACCAUGUUUGGGGAUUCAGGUCUGACAGGACAUUUGGCUAUGGAGUAUGGCACUGUCCUCAGCACAGCUAACUCCAUCAAUUGGGCAAGGCUGCUACCACAGGUGGUCUAUCACGCCUCAGCAUAUCUAGAUCUUUUCAAAGAUGGGGUUGUCAAGUUCGGAGAGCCCAUUGAUGUAUGCAUCCCUACCGGUAACUUUGGCAAUGCCAUGGCAGCCCUGUACGCUAAGCAAAUGGGUAUCCCAAUAAGAAAAAUCAUCUGCGCUUCCAACCAAAACCGAAUAGUUUCCGACUUUAUUACGACAGGGGUGUGUGAUCUCCGAAACCAGCCUCUCAUUGCCUCGCACUCCCCAGCCAUAGACAUCCUUAAAUCCUCCAACCUGGAGAGAUUUCUCUACCACACCUCAGGUGGUGAUGGCCAUCUUGUUAGAGAUCUGUUCACACGCUUAGAGAAAGACCAGUACUUCAAAGUCUCUGAGUCAUUGCUUCAAAAGAUACAGGAGGAUGUGGUGGCUGGCUGGUGCUCUGAAGAGGAAUGUCUGGCUGCCAUCCAAAAUGUUCACACCAAAACUGGUUACGUGAUGGACACACACACCGCCGUUGCCAAGGCGGUUGCUGACCGGCUACAGGACCCGUGGUGUCCAGUGGUGAUCUGUUCCACGGCGCACCACGGGAAGUUUGCCCCCGCAGUCCUCAAAGCGCUGCAGUGCCCGAACACUCAUUACAACACCUCAGAUCCUCUGGACCAGCUGAGGGAGCUGGCCUCUGUAGCGUCCACACCUCGGAUGCACCAAAAAAUGCUUCAGUGCCUGAAGGAAAACAGUAGAGGAGAACAUACAGUGUGUCAAGCUGAUUUCAGUGUGUUAGUGGAGGAGGUGGAAUCCAUGAUUCAAGACUCUUUCUUGAAAGUUCAUUAGGUCUCUUUCAGAUAAACAAACAGUUAAUGACUCUGGACCAGGUGUAGUGUGGUAGUGUGGUACAUUUUAUUUUCAUUCAGUCUGUUGAGGGCAGUUGAACAUGAAAGUCAAUUCAUGAAUUGAUAAACCAUUAUAUGAAUUCAUGUGGGGUUUUUUUGUCUUAUGAAUUGUGCAAUUGAUCUCCUUAUUUGACAGAAUUUUGGUUUAGAUUAUGUUUCUACAGCGACUGGAGAUGUCCUAACCACAUACAGUGCCUUCAGAAAGUAUUCAGACCACUUGACUUUUUCCACAUUUUGUUACA